AUGGAUGUAGAGAGCCGGGGUGGCCCAGGGCCUCUAGGUCCUCAGGGCUCCUCAGGGCCUCCAGGGAGAACAGGCGAUGCAGGCAUUGAAGGCCCAAAGGGGCAGAAAGGUGACCACGGCCGUGGUGGCUCCAUGGGUCCGAAAGGAAGUGUGGGAAUGGCCGGCGUUCCUGGUUUUGCUGGAAACGAUGGAAUUCCUGGCCACCCGGGACAAGCUGGCCACCGGGGGAAGCCAGGGGCCGACGGCUGUAACGGGACACAUGGAGACUCCGGUUCAUCUGGGCAACCUGGCUAUAAUGGCUCACCUGGUUCUCCUGGACAAGCAGGCUGGAAGGGACAGAAGGGAGACUCUCUGGAGCUGAGUGUGUUCAUGGAGCGCUUCAGGGGAGAUCCAGGCAUGCCAGGUUUCAAAGGAAUAUAUGGGCCUCCAGGAAACCCAGGUAGAGAGGGUAACAAAGGCUCUCUAGGACCAAAGGGUCCCCAAGGGCCUUCAGGUCCCCGUGGACCAAAGGGCACAAUGACCCAAGUGCUUAAAGGACACAGAGGAAGCCAAGGGGACAUCGGACAACCAGGGCUGCAGGGGAACUCAACUCAUCAGCAGAUUCAGCCCCCCUACGGACCCACGGGACUCCGUGGCGAGAAAGGUCUCAAAGGAGAAAUAGGAGAUGUGGCUGACAAUAAAGGAGAAACUGGAGUGAUGGGAUUCCCUGGAACCCGGGGUACAUCUGGUGCAGAUGGGCGUCCUGGACCAAGGGGAGAUUAUGGGGAAGCAGGACCAACAGGCAGAGAUGGUUUUAAGGGAGUCAGAGGUGAACCAGGAGAACUGAUUUCAUCAGGAUCUGUAGGGCCUUGGUCUUCAGGAGGUGUUCCUCGCGGUCCCCCUGGCGAUCAGGGUCCAGAGGGAGAGAGGGGCCCGGUUGGAGACCAAGGCAUUCCCGGACCCCCAGGACCCCCCCCCUCUGAAUCACAGCAACAAGUUUCGGACUUCUUUGGGCCAUUUGGUAUAAAGGGGGAGUCAGGAGAGAAGGGCCCAGCAGGAGAUCCAGGACUCCCUGCUGACUUGGCAGGACCCCCAGGCACCAACGGGCGCCCAGGGUCCAGAGGCCCUCUGGGACCCAAAGGAUCAUGGAUUGAGUUCUUCAAGGGUUCUUCUGGUGGGAGCGGAAGGCCCGGCAAUGCGGGCUCUAAAGGAUUGAAAGGUGAUCACGGGCUGUGUGAAUGCAGCAUCGUGAACUCUCCAUCGGGGCGACCUGGGCCUGCCGGGGAGCGCGGUGACGCUGGGAUGACUGGAGAGUUUGGUCGAGAAGGGGAUGUGGGAGAUCCAGGUCCACAUGGAGACUUCGGAUCCCCUGGAUUUCCUGGGCUCAACGGUGAGCCGGGACCACAAGGUCGAAAAGGAGAAGCAAGGGUGGUCUCCGGGAAAGCAUAUCCUGGAGACGCAGGGGAUCCCGGGCAAGACGGUGUGCAGGGAACAUUUGGUGUUUCAGGCCGAAAUGGCUCACCUGGUAUCCCUGGGACCCGAGGUCUUCCAGGGUGA